UUCCGACGACAUCCCCACACCCUCCACUUCCUGUAAACAAAGCUCGUCUCUUUAACUCCCUGUUUGUGUUCACAAAAUGGCUCAAGCUGGACUCUUCCUCGACCAAGACCAAUUCAACUGUUCCAUAUGUCUGGAUGUGCUGAGGGAUCCUGUAACCAUCCCGUGUGGUCAUAGCUACUGUUCGGUCUGUAUUAAAGGCUACUGGGACCAGGACGAUUUUCUGGGGUUUUACUGCUGUCCGCAGUGCCGCCAGAGCUUCAACCCGAGGCCCCUCCUGGGCAGAAACACCAUGCUAUCCGAGGUGGUGGACAAGUUCAAGAAGACAGGACUUCAAGUUGCUCCCCCGGAACAGUGCUACGCCGGACCGGAGGACGUGGAAUGUGACGUGUGCACCGGGAGGAAGAACCGAGCCGUUAAAUCCUGUCUGGUGUGUCUGGCCUCUUACUGCGACACCCACCUCCUGCCUCACUACGAAUCAGCUCCGUUUAAGAAACACAAGUUGGUCCAGGCCUCCAAGAAACUACAGGAGACGAUCUGUCCGCAUCACGACAAGCUGCUGGAGGUGUACUGUCGGACAGACCAACACUGUAUAUGUUACCUGUGUAUGACGGCGGAGCAUAAGGGCCAUGACACGGUCCUGGUGGAGACUGAGAUCCAGCAAAAACAGAGCCAGCUGGGGGAGCUGAAGAGGAGGUCUCAGCAGAGGAUCCAGGAGAGGGAGAAGGACGUGCAGGAGCUGAGACAGGCCAUCAGCUCUCUAACUCGUUCAGCGCGGUCGGCCGUGGAGGACACUGAGAGGGUGUUUACAGAGCUGAUCCGCUCCAUGGAGCUGAAGAGGUUUGAGGUGAGGGAGUUGAUCAAAGCCCAGGAGAAGACUGCUGUCAGCCAAGCUGAAGGACUGCUGGCCAAACUGGAGCAGGAGAUGUCUGAGUUGAGGAGGAGAGAUGCUGAGUUGGAGCAGCUUUCACACACUGAGGACCACAUCUUCUUCCUACAGGUGACUGAUGUAGAGUAGGUCCUGUCAAUACCAUCCUCAGCCUGAGGUGACUGAUGUAGAGUAGGUAUCCAUCUCUCCUGGCCAGGCUAUGUCUCUCUGACCUGGCCAGGCUAUGUCUCUCUGACCUGGCCAGGCUAUGUCUCUCUGACCUGGCCAGGCUAUGUCUCUCUGACCUGGCCAGGCUAUGUCUCUCUCUC